UCAGUCUGGCUACAGUCGCGGACGGGAUCAGUCGCCGCCAGCGCUCGCGGGAGGAAGGCAGAGCAGCACGCGGCUCUCGGUGUGAAGAGAAGCAGGGUCAGGCUAGCAGUAGGUCAGGCUGGGUUUCCUCUCCUCUCUCUCUCUCUCUCUCUCUCUGUCUCUCUCUCUCUCACCCCCUCUCGCGUGCGGAAGCCUCCGGACCCCCUAACCCUAACCCUAACCCCACCCCCGAGCGUCUCGCACCGUGGACUGAAGUUUCGCUGGGGAUCCCCCCCUCCCCCCUGAAUUUUAGGAGAGAUGUGAGCCCAGCACCGGAGACCCCCCCUUUUUCCCCUCCUCCCCGCGGGACUCGCCUCGCCGCCGACGCUGACUCGAGUCGGCCGCCGUUCGCCCGCAGGUUCCAGCCAGGGUCGUCCACCUUCUUCUUCUUCUUCAUCGACGGCUUUUUCUUUUUUUUUUUUUUUUUGGGGGGGGGGGGGAAGCACCGCUGGACGAGCGCGCUGAAGGACAUGGACUACCUCCUGGGGAUUGUACUGCUGCUCUCCUGCGGGGCCGCGUCGUCCGCGACCCCGGGCUAUCCGGAGCCCAGGGGCAACGUUCCCCGACUCAAGCUCUCGUACACGGAGAUGCUGGACUCGAACAAUCUGGUCACCUUUAACGGCCUGGCGAACAGCUCCAGCUAUCACACCUUCCUGCUGGACGAGGAGAAGGGCAGGCUCCUGGUGGGAGCCCAGGACCACAUCUUCUCCUUCAACCUGGUCAACAUCAACAAGGACAACAUGCAGAUCGCGUGGCCUCCUGCUCCCGCGAAGAGAGACGAGUGCAAGUGGGCUGGGAAGGACAUCUUGAAAGAGUGCUCCAAUUUCAUCAAAGUGCUGCAGCCGUUUAAUCAGACGCACCUGUACGCCUGCGGAACGGGAGCCUUCCACCCCAUCUGCGCCUACCUGGAGGUGGGGAAGCGGCCGGAGGACAACAUCUUCCGGCUGGAGGCUUCGCACUUUGAGAACGGGCGGGGAAAGAGCCCGUACGAUCCAAAGAUGCUGUCGGCCUCUCUCCUGAUUGACGGGGAGCUCUACUCCGGGACGUCGGCGGACUUCAUGGGCAGGGACUUCGCCAUCUUCCGCACGCUGGGACAGCAUCACCCAAUCAGGACGGAGCAGCACGACUCGAGGUGGCUGAACGACCCCAGGUUCGUAAGCGUGCACCUGAUCCCUGAAAGCGACAAUCCGGAGGACGACAAGAUCUACCUGUUCUUCCGGGAGAGCGCCAUGGACGGAGAGCAUUCUGGGAAGGCCACCCACUCCAGGAUCGGACAGCUCUGUAAGAACGACUUUGGGGGCCACCGGAGUCUGGUGAACAAGUGGACGACCUUCCUGAAGGCGCGGCUGAUGUGCUCGGUGCCGGGAGCCAAUGGCAUCGACACGCACUUCGACGAGCUGCAGGACAUCUUUCUCAUGAGUUCCAAGGAUCCCAAAAACCCAGUCAUUUAUGCAGUCUUCACAACAUCCAGCAACAUCUUCAAGGGCUCAGCGGUGUGUGUGUACAGCAUGGCCGACGUCAGGAGGGUGUUCCUGGGCCCCUACGCCCACAGGGACGGGCCCAACUACCAGUGGGUGCCCUUCCAGGCCAGGGUGCCCUACCCCCGCCCCGGCACGUGUCCGAGCAAAACGUUCGGCGGAUUCGAUUCGACGAAGGAUCUCCCGGACGAGGUCAUCACCUUUGCGAGAGGGCACCCGGCCAUGUUCAACCCCGUCAACCCCGUGAACAACCGGCCGAUCGUCGUCAAGACGGACGUGGAGUACCAGUUCUCCCAGAUAGUGGUGGACAGGGUGGAGGCGGAGGACGGCCAGUAUGACGUCAUGUUCAUUGGAACGGAUGUGGGGACGGUUCUGAAGGUGGUGUCCAUUCCUCGGGAGUCGUGGCACGACCUGGAGGAGGUGCUCCUGGAGGAGAUGACUGUGUUCAGGGAACCCACCGCCAUCACCGCUAUGGACAUUUCCACCAAGCAGCAACAGCUGUACCUGGGCUCGGCCAUCGGUGUAUCCCAGAUGCCUUUGCACCGGUGUGAUGUGUACGGGAAGGCGUGCGCUGAGUGCUGCCUGGCGCGGGACCCCUAUUGCGCCUGGGACGGUACCCAGUGCUCCCGCUACUUCCCCACUGCCAAGAGGCGGACCCGACGCCAGGACAUCAGGAACGGCGACCCGCUGACGCAGUGCUCGGACCUGCAGCAUCACGAUGACAUGAACGGCCAAGGCCUGGUGGAGAACAAGGUCGUCUACGGCGUGGAGAACAGCAGCACGUUCCUGGAGUGCAGCCCCAAGUCCCAGCGCGCCCUGGUGCACUGGCAGCUCCAGAAGCAGAACGAGGAGAGGAAGCAAGAGAUAAAGGCAGAGGACAGGUUCGUGCGGACGGAGCAAGGCCUGCUCAUCCGCAGCCUCCACAGGAAGGACUCGGGCAAGUACUACUGCCACGCGGUGGAGCACGGCUUCAUCCAGACCCUGCUCCAGGUCACGCUGGAGGUCAUCGACGCCGAGCACCUGGAGGAGCUGCUGCACAGGGACGAGGAGGCGGGCGAGGGGGGCGGCGGCGGAGGCCGGGCCAGGGAGGCCCAGGCAGGGGGGCGCGGGGCGGGGCAGAAGCUGUGGUACAGGGACUUCAUGUCCCUCAUCAACCACCCCAACCUGAACAGCAUGGACGAGUUCUGCGAGCAGGUGUGGAAGAGGGAGCGCAAGCAGCGAAGGCAAAGGGUCCAGACCGCCCAGGCGCACGCCAACAAGUGGAAGCACCUGCAGGAGAACAAGAAGGGCCGGAACAGGAGGACCCACGAGCUGGAGAGGGCGCCAAGGAGCGUCUGACCUCCCCCUCGCCUCCCCGCUCCCCCCUUCCCCCGCUCCCUCCCCCGCCCUCACCGAAAGACAGGACUCCUUCCGAGCAGACUGAAAAGAGAACUCAACUGGAAACAAAUGCGAUACGCUCCCGUUCCAAAAGUGGUUUGCGUUGUUUGAAGAUGUUUACAAUGGCAUUGGCGGUAAAGACGCAAUCACACUUGUCCCCCCCCCACGCGCCCCCCUUCACCACCACCAUCACCUCCAGAAACCACACCCCAGCCCCACCCUCCCCUUUUCUGACUAACCGCCCUCAAGGAGCAUUAGAAGACAAAACGUCAACCGGACCAUGUAAAUAGACUACCAGACAUUGCUUUGGGGACUUUAGUUUAGUUUUGUUCAUUGUUUGGUUGUUUUAACUGAAGGUAGGAGUGGCCACUAUCGCCCGAACAGAUGCCAGUCACUGCAGCGGAACCUGGCGAGGUGGACCUCCGCGAUCGGAAAAGCGCGUUGCGUAGUCGCGUACGCGUCCUGCGAGACGGAGACGGAGAGCGACUCUGAGGCCAAAAUCACUGCGGGAGUUCCAUUUUAUCCGGGUGUUCAGCCGCCCUAGUUUUAAACAAAGUCCCGCGUGCUCGUCCUUCUCCCGGUCAGAAGAAGGGCCUGAGUACUAAACCGUGUAUAUAUCACCAAACAGGCUCUAUGCAGCAUGGAACAAAGACUUUCAAACCUGACAAAAGCAACCCGUCCACACCCGUAACGUCGUCGUCAGUAUUUGUAAUGAGACGUCGCUGUCUUCGGACACGGAGCUGUUACCCCCUCACAGUCCCGCGUUUCAGAGCUGACUAUUCCGAGCUGUCUGCUGAGGUCUUACCCUCGGGACAAGCGAUGGCCAGACGCGGCGCUCGGGUGCGAUGAGCGGGUUGAUCUGUGUCCCUGAUGGGAAUAAGCUCUUCCGAGUCGGAACAGCUGCUCAAACUUCAGACUCAGAAAAAAAAGGAAUGUUUUAUUUUUUACGUCAACAGAGUUCUAUCUAAAAGAAAUUUCUGGAAGAGUUUAACUUGUAUUUUAACUGUGCAUUUCCUUUCCUUGUCAGGCGGCUACUGCGUCCUUGUGUGGUCAUAGCUUUCAACAUUCUUACACGUGCCACUCAAUAA